AUGGAUGCCGACAUAGAACAUUCUGAUCGUGAGUGUGAUGAAGUAGGAAUUGAUAAUGACAUUGAAUGUGAUGAAACUAUUGAACAACCUACGUAUGGUAAGCAGAAGGGCUUUGGAGUGUGUAAAAGAAAUUCUAGGCAAGAUGACGAUGGGAACAUCAGAUGGAUUUGCUUGGCAUGUGUGCGAGGAGGCACAUCAAAGAGUAAGGCUGCCAAUGUUAUGAAACCAAGACAGAUAGAGAAGAUAGGGUGUAUGGCUAGGAUUAAUGCGAUACUAAAUAAUGAAGAUGCCAGAAGUAGAGCUGCGUAUGAAUCAUUCGGGGAUGUCAUUACAUUUGACACAACAUAUUUGACUAAUAUGUAUAAGAUGCCUUUUGCACAGUUUGUGGGUGUUAACCGCCAUGGACAGUCAAUCCUAUUCGGGUACGGAUUGAUAUCCAAUGAGGAUGCAAAUACAUUUGAGUGGUUGUUUGAGUCAUGGUUGAAGUGUAUGAAUUACCAACCACCAAAGGCAAUCAUCACAGACCAAGAUAAGGCCAUGAAAAUUGCAAUUUCGAGAGUGUUUCCAAUGUCUAGGCUUCGUUUAUGCUUGUGGCAUAUAAUGAAAAAGUUUCCUGAAAAUUUUGGAUCACAUUCUCGAUAUGAGGAAAUUAAGAGUACUCUACAUAAGUGCAUUUAUGACUCUUUCAGUGAGCCUGAAUUCGAAUCACAUUGGCGUGAUAUGCUCGAUACCUAUGAUCUGCAUGUGAAUGCAUGGUUGGUAUCACUAUAUAGUGAUCGCCGUUUUUGGUACGAUUCAGCCUUUAAGAGGAAGGUAGAGAAUGAAGCAAUUACUGACUUUAGUUCAUUUAAUACGGAGAUUCCUUGCAUAAGUCGUUAUCCUCUUGAGAAGCAAUUUCAAAAAGCAUAUACAAUUGCUAAAUUCAAAGAAGUGCAAGAGGAAUUGCGAGGAUUUCUAUAUUUGACUACUUCAUUAGUGGGAUGUGAAGGUGGUAGAAAUACUUUUAUUGUUGCCGAUGAGGUUCAAGUUGGUGAUGACUUGUUAAAACGUGCAACCUUCACUGUCAAAGUUGAUGAAGAUCCUCUUGAUGUUAAAUGA